CUAUGCAAAAUUCAUAAGAAUUCACUGCAGUAAGGUAUUAGCAGCAAUAUGGCAGUUAUCACCACCAUCAUCUCAGCACAACUGAAUCUUACUGCCAUUCGGUGGGGUGAGGUCAGCGCCUCUAAAGAAGUCAGAAAAUAUUUCGAAUUUCCAGAAGGUGACCGUAUCGUACACUUUGAGGUCCGCGACGAGCGUGGAAAGGGGUACAAGCUCAGAGCCAAGAAAAGAAUGGGAGAAAAGUAUCCUAAAGAAGUUAUUACUGGCUUGGCAAAAUACAUCCAGGAAACUCACUUGGUGCAAGGCGAUAAAAUUACCAUCUCUAUGGUGGAUAAACUGUUUGGUGGAGUACUCAGCCCCCCAUCUUACUAUAUCCGCUAUGAGAGGGCGGCCCAAGGCGGUGGAAACUUUGCUGGCGCUGAAGCAGGUGAGAACUGAUGAUGAUUGGAAGCCCACUAUUCAUCUUCAGUAUUGUGUGUCCACAUGUUAUUAGUUAUGAAUGCCUGGCUUUAAUAGGUGUGUUUUAGCUGUUAGCUUCGACACCCUUUUGUUGUUCUUAUCUUAUAUGUGUAUUCCUGUUGCUUUUGUUUUUGAGGAUUUAUGUUUUCAUUGUUUUUUAUUCCCUAACGGCUGGUGAAUGAAUUACUUCUAUUCCG